GUUUAGGAGUCUUUGGAGACCCCCGUUCGGUGGCAACGUGCAGUACAGCAUCCAGGAAGCAACAUCCCGGUCCAUGGGAGUCGAGCCAGACAUCACCAAUCCGAAAUGAAUUAAAUCGCGUUUCCACAAAAAACCCAAAACGCAUUAAUGACCUCGCUUAGCCCACCAUUAUGACUUCCCCAGAUGACAAGAGUGUAUCCUGGAGGCAGAUAGGCCCGUUGUCUGAGCUGUCUAAGAAAAAAUGCCGACUGAUGUAUUCAUCUGAUGGACGCGACGCGGAUGUUUGUCUCUUCUACGUGAGCGGCGAAUUCUUCGCGAUGGACGCGCGCUGUGCGCAUUCAGGUGGUCCUCUCUGCGAUGGAGAUAUUGAGGAGGCUGAUGUUCUUCAGGUCUUCUGUCCCUGGCAUGACUAUGACUUCAACCUCAGGACAGGAAAAUCAAGCACAGGUUUACAGCAACAGGUUUAUGAAGUGAAAUUGGAGAACGGUACUGUGUAUGUCAAGCACGCCAGUGAUCUGUCAUUGCAGCCUUUCAGCCUGGUCAAAGAGAACUAAAGAACCAUCCGUUUGUAUGAAUCACUUGCGAAACAUUCAAAAAUUAAGAAGUGGCUCAUUGACUAAACUGCAUUACAGAAGUUUAGUCAAAUGAGCCACUUCUUCAUUUUUAUUUGACAAAUAUACUGUAGUAUUCAUUUGUUAAAUGGUUCCCAAUACAAAUGACUUGAAGUGCCACUUUGAUAAACAACACAAUUGAUUUUCUGAUAAUAUUUUUUUUAAUAUGCAUAUCUUCAUAGUUGUAAGAUGUUUAGUGAACUCAGGGAUAAUGUGCUCAAUGUGGUUGCCACAACUUAGUUAAAAUUUAAACUAAAUAAGCCUUGAUUCAGAAGCAUAAUUGUAAACACUCAUUUAUUAUAAAAUGUCAAACAGUUUUUAGAAAGACAUUACAUUCCAUGAAUGCUUUAACAGUAAAGAAAAAUGAAAUACAUUUAAGCUACUGAACACCAUAACAAGCCUGCAUACAUCAAAGAGUGCUUAAGAGCUGCCUUACAGUCUUACACUAUAGACCUAGUUUUUGGUCUGGAGUCUAAUAUAUUUAGCAGAGUUAUAAAAAAUCUAAAUGUUUCCAUAAUAAAGAUGGUAGACUAACAUGUCAUUCAAGCUUUGGUUUGUGAGGAAAGAGAAUGUGUUCAUUUCUGUAAGUUUAAAAUAAAUAGGGCUGUCAAACAAAUAAUCGUGAUUAAUCAUCCAGAAUAAAAGUUUGUGUUUUCAUAACGUAUGUCUGUGUACUGUGUAUAUUCAUUUUGUAUUUAUAAACACAUAGACAUAUAUGCGUAUUUUUAAGAAAAAUAUGAAAAUUAACCAACGUUUAUAUAAACACAUCUAAAUAAAUACAAAAUAUAUAUAAAUAGGAGACAUAUAUUAUGUUAAGACAAAGUUUUACUCUGGAUGCCAUUAAUCGUUUGACAGCCCUAAAAGUAAAUAAAUAAACAAUUACAAAGUAAUGACUAUUGGGCCCCCUAGUGUUCUGGUAACUGACAUACUCUGUGCACCCACCGAAAUGGCAUCUCUGAUUCGACCUUUGCAUUGUUUAGUCAUUGGCUUUUAGGAAAGGACAGCCAUUAACAUCUGUUGAGAAUGUAAAUACAAUCCCCUUUCACAAUUUAAUUUGAUUAAUAUUGUUUCACUUAUUUUCAAAUGUUUACAUGUCUUGUAAAACUUGUGUUGAUGCCUUCAUAUAAUUUCUAGUCUUCUUUAAUUUAUUAUCUUCACUAUGUCAUAAGUUAUGUUAUGUUGUGUUGUAUUUAUGUUUAAUGUAAUAAAAACAAU